AUGUGCGGCACGGCGGCGGCGCGGUCACGGGCGGCGCUGAGCCGCGCGGUGCUGCUGACGCACGCGGCGCUGGUGGCGUGGCGCGCCGUGGCGGUGCGCCGCGACGGCGCGCUCUGGGUGCUGCUGCUGGGGGCCGCGCUGCUGCCCCUCGAGAUGGCGCUCACCGUGCGACUCACCCAGCGCGGCGAGUGGAAGUGGCUGUCACCCAUGGUGCUGCUGUACCUGGCGAGCGUCGUGCCCAGCGUCUGGAUCCUGGAACUAGACCUCCUGGAGGGGCGCAUGGCUCAUCUCAACCUCUCAGCGUCCACCUCCAACUCCUCCACCUCGUCCCCCAAGCAGACCGCAGCCCCGCUCUACAUUUCUGGGGUGCCGAGCGGCGGCGUCAACGGCGUCGACGCGUCGACGGCUCUGUCCGAGGCGUGGGUGCUCGCCCUGCAGCAACUCAUGCUGGUGGCCCUGGUGCUGGCGCGCUGGCUCACGCCGGCGCUCGGCGUGUCGCGCGCCCGCUCCUCGCGCCUGCUGCUCGCCCAGACCGGGGUGGCGGCCGACGUCCUGGACCUCCUCGACGCCUUCAAGCAGCCCGAGGUGCGCGCCGACCGCGCCGUGCGACUCGCCGGCCUGGCCCUCUUCUCCUGGGCCUCGCUGCAGUUCUGCGUGGCGCUCUUGCAGGCCGAGGAGGCCGGCACGGCCAGGGAGGCCGCCGGUGGAGCCGCGUCGGCACAGGUUUCCCACGCUCCCAGCGCAAGUCACCUCUCCUCCAUCACCACCUCCUCCUCCUCCACCACCACCUCCUCCUCCACCACCACCUCCUCGUCACCCUUCUCCCUCUCCAAAACUACGCCCGACGACGACGACGCCGGCGCCGGCGCGAAACGUCGGACCUCCUCCUCCUCCGCCCGCCGCCACCCGUGCCGCUGCCCCAUGGAGUCGCUGCGGCUGCUGUCGAGCGUGCUCAUGCAGGACGCGCCGUUCCUGGCGUUCCGCCUCUACCUGCUGGCGCAGGUGGGCGUCGUGAACCAGACGACCAUCUUCUUCACCUGCAAGAACGCCCUCACGCUGCUCGUCGAGCUCUACGGAGCCGCCACCGCCAGGGGCUAGCGGCUCGCCCCCGCCCCCGCCGCCCCCGCCGCCACGGAGGCCGUGGCCCGUGCCGGGGAAGGUGCCGGGGAAGGUGCCGGGGAAGG